AGCGCCACCGCAAUGCAGACGCGUCCGAGCAGUGAACCGCAGCGCGUUAAGGAGCAGCUCCUCAGGGAGUUGCCCCCACAGAAAUGUUCCAGCGCCACGCUGGCCAAGAAGGUGUUGACCCCACCGGCAGCACCGCCACCCACGCCGGCCACAAUUGCCCCGCUCAAUGUGGUGCCAAUCAUCGAGCUGACGCCUCCGUCUCACUCCGGCGACACUCCGAAAAAGCCUCCGCCUCCACCGCCGCCCAGACUGCCCGAGAAGGCAGUAAGUCCCACUCCGGAUAGCAGCAACAAGGAAAACCUUCCCGUCAAAGCCGUGUUCAAGCCUUUGGGAGCACCCAACAACUAUGGGGCACGACGCACUUGGAUCACCACAGAGCGGAUGAAUGAGCUGCGGCGGAAGGCCCAGGAGGCGGCCAAACAGAACAAAAUAUUCACCAUUCGAGGGUGCUUCAAUUCGGUGCGGAAUGCCCUGCUCACGCGGGGAUGGGUGGAGAAGCUGGAUGUGCAUCGGAAGGUGGUGCCAGCCGGACAGAUGACCUACGAGGAUCUUACCCAGCGACUGCCCAAACGGAAGGCAGGAGAGACGCGACGACAGUACAUCCUGAAGUGUGAAAAGAACAUCAUGUCCCGAUUUCUGGAGCACAUGCCCGUGGACUUCCUGUGGACGAACCGGAAGGAGAAGUGCGACUACAUAGACCAGGCCAAGAAUCCCGGCAUGACGAUCAACAAAUUCCAUCGAGCUCCCUUCACCUCCAAGGAGGGUUUGUGCAGCCAGCUGCGGGACUUUCACUGGUUCUUCGAAGAGGGCACUGCCGAAAUGUACUUCCCCCGCUGCUACAACGUCUGGAGUCCCGAGGAGCUGGGCGAAUUCAUCGACAACUUCAAGCUGACGGCCUGCGUGGCCUUCCUGAGGGCCAUGCUCUGUCGCUACCACAAGCAGGGCCCCGACGCGGUCUUCUCUCCCAUCGGCAAGAUACCGUACUCCUCGAUAGACUUUGCCUACAAGCGGCUGGUGGAGUACCUCGACAGCUGCCAGCACAACGACAUCGACUUCGAGGACCCGCCCAAAAUAUGGGAGCACGACUGGGACGCCUUCCUCUACCAGCACCAGCAGCUGGUCAACGAGGACGGACGCAUCCAGCACGAUGGCCAGCGGCUCGAGCACAUGGCCAAGAGCUGCCUGUCGCUGGUGGACAAAAUGAAGAUCCACUGGCCGCAGUACAGCCUCGAUGGCUAUCAGAAUUUGUGGAUUGUCAAGCCAGCCAACAAGUGUCGUGGUCGCGGCAUUCUCCUGAUGGAUAAUCUAAAGAAAAUAUUGGGUGUUGUGAAUCCAUCAAUAGCCUCCAAGAGUCGCUAUGUGGUGCAAAAAUAUAUAGAACGGCCGUUAAUCCUCUUUCAAACUAAAUUCGAUAUACGUCAAUGGUUUCUCAUAACAAACACACAACCAUUGGUGGUUUGGUUCUAUAGGGAGAGCUACUUGCGAUUCAGUUCCCAGGAGUAUUCCCUUAGCAAUCACCACGAGUCGGUGCACCUCACCAACUAUGCCAUUCAGAAAAAGUACACGAAUGGGAAGCGGGACAAGCGACUGCCCAGCGAGAACAUGUGGGACUGCUACUCCUUUCAGGCGUAUCUGCGGCAGAUUGGGAAGUACAACAUGUGGCUGGAACGAAUAUUUCCUGGCAUGAGAAAGGCCAUUGUGGGCUGCAUGCUGGCCUCGCAGGAGAACAUGGACAGGCGGCCAAACACCUUCGAAUUGUUUGGCGCUGAUUUCAUGAUUUGCGAGAACUUUUAUCCCUGGCUCAUUGAGAUCAACUCCAGUCCGGAUCUGGGGGCCACAACAAGUGUGACGGCUCGCAUGUGUCCCCAGUGCCUGGAGGAUGUGGUCAAGGUUGUCAUUGAUCGUCGCACGGAUCCCAAGGCGGACAUGGGUAACUUUGAUCUUGCCUAUCGGCAGGUCGUGCCUCCAACACCCGCCUACAUGGGUCUCAAUCUGUAUGUCAAGGGCAAGCAGCUGCUGCACAAGGUGAACCAUGGACACAACCACCACAACUACUACUACCAGCAGCAACGCAAGGAGCGCUCCCUGGCCACCAGCAGCGUCUACCGCCAGCGCUCGGCUAUCCUGCAUCCCGCCACGAGCAUAUCGCGCAUCCACCGCGCCAUGCCCACCUUCAAUGCCACCGAGUACAUGGAGAAGUAUAUGGUGGAGCCCCUGAGCAGCAGUCGUAGCAGCCUGAGCAGCAGCCACCAGGCCACGACAUCCGCCCUCAGAUCCCCAUCAGCUCUGACUGCAGGGCCUUCACAAUCAGCAGCCUCCGCCGGCUGUCCGUAUCUGCUAAAGCAGGCGGGUCGCUCCAUCACCCAGCUCCUGAGUGCUUCACACAAACGAAACACCAUGGGAACGAUUCCCGGAGAGGCCACCACCAGUACGGCUCUGCCCCCCAAGCGGCAACGCAGCUGCGGGCCGCGUCUCAGCUCCACGAAUCCCGUGGAGAACACCGAAAAGAAGUUCAAGAUCCUCAUCAAGAACUACACCUCCAAUGGCGGCGAUAAUCUGAUGGAGAAACCAGAGCCACAGGAGACGCCCGCUCCGGCCACAGCUCCGGUGAUCAGUGAACGCAAGUGGCGGAGUCUCCGCAACAUCACCGCCACCACCAGCUCCUCAUCCGCCGCCUAUUGCCGGGCCAAAGUUCAGGCCGCAGCCGUAGCCACUGCCACGGCAACGCCGUUACCUUCGCGUCGCUUUCUGCGCACAAAGUCAGAGAUUGAGAGCACUGCCAGCAUCCAUGCCAUUGGCAGAACCUUUGGCAGAAAAUCGAACGGCCCCAGACUGCCGAUCAGCAUCUCGGUACAGGCACUGCAUCGAGGAGAGCCCAUUGUGGCAGCCCUAAAGCAGGCAACCAGCGAACUGCAGUUGUCGCAGGCCCAGGUUCUGAGUCCGCGCACAGCCCUGGCCAACAAAUUGAAUAACUCUACACUCGCUGUCCCUGCUCCCCCACUGCCCGUCGGAUAACC